GGCAGCCGUUGCUUUGCUGUGCUUGCUUCAGCUUGUCUCUCCUUGACGCCUGCCUUGCGUCGCUUAAAUUCGCGCGUUUGUCCUUCGAUCCACAUCCCUGCUGUUACUGCUACUACUUCUCUAGUCACUGCUCGUUCUUGCGUCUAUUUGUACUCAGUCAUGGCCUUCUCUACUUGACCUGCUUUGCUCGCAGUGAGGCACGGUGAGACACCGUGUAACUCGCAGUUGCAAUAUUAACCUCGAACCACCCUCUCUCUCUCCGUGUCACCCAAAGUGCCUGCGUUCAACUCGACUCAGCUCAACUCCUACCGAACGACCUCGACCAAGACACUACAGUCCCUCUUUCUCACAAUGGGCCUCUUUAAUCGGAGAGCCAAACAACCCGGUCCAGACGGUAGCGCGAGCAAUGGCAGUCGGGAAAAGGCCAACGGUUCCUCAUCUGCCACUCCUUCCACCGGCACCACAGCCCUUCCUCAAUACAAUCACAAUGGCCACGAAGUCACACGUCGAAUUCAGCCGGACGGGGAAAGUGGGCGUAGGGGAAUCAACCCCGGCCAGUUCCUCCAGAUAAUAUGGCGAUCAUCAUGCUCGGUCUCAAGUUGGGUCAAUAUCCUCUGGCCUUUCGUCCCGGCUGCCAUCGCACUCCACUUCAUACAUGGUGAUCAUCACCUCUGGACUUUUGCGAUCAACUAUAUUGCCAUGGUGCCCGCGGCAAAUCUACUGGGAUUUGCUGGGCAGGAGUUCGCAAGGAAAAUGCCCAAGGUUGCUGGCAUCAUUAUCGAGACUACCCUUGGUUCCGUGGUGGAGAUUGUACUCUUCAUGGUGCUCAUCGCCAAAGACAAUGGAACCGGUCAGGCUGGCCAUGGCAGUAAAAUUGCGGUCAUACAAGCCGCCAUCCUCGGUUCCAUACUAACCAAUCUCUUACUCUGUCUGGGCUGUUGUUUCCUCGCGGGAGGUAUCAAGCACAAAAAGCAAAGGUUCCAUCCCAUUAUCAGCGAAGUUGGUUCGGGACUUAUCUUGGUUGCUGGUUUCGCCCUCUUGAUCCCGUCGGCCUUUUUCUCGUCUUUGAUCGGCAGCACUGUCACUGAGGGAGAGGGCUACACCGAAACCAAACUACGAAGCGACACAGUUAACAUCAGUCAUGGUGUUUCGAUCAUCCUUAUGGUCGCCUUCCUCAUUUUCUUGCUCUACAACUGCGUUUCACAUGAUAACAUCUUUGCCGAAGUCCUCGAAGCCGAUGAGGAGGCUGAUCGAGACAGACACAGAGACCUGCGGAAGGCCAAGUUGACCAUGACAGAAUGCGCUGUUGCCAUUCUUAUAGCAUUGACCUUUAUCUCGCUCAUUGCCGUCUUUCUCGUCGAGGAGAUUGAGUUUGUUGUCGAGCAUGGCGUUCCGGAUAAUUUCCUUGGUUUGAUUCUCGUACCUUUGGUAGAGAAAGCUGCCGAGCAUCUUACCGCUAUCGACGAAGCGUAUGACAACCAAAUUAAUUUUGCCCUCUACCACUGUCUGGGACCUUCAAUCCAGACCGCCUUGUUCAACGCUCCUCUCGUGGUCAUCGUUGGAUGGGGUCUGAGCAAGCCGAUGGACCUGAACUUCGAAAUCUUCCAAGUCGUCCUGCUUGUGCUGGCCAUUCUAGUGGUGGGCAACUUCUUAAGGGACGGAUCAUCGGACUACCUUGAGGGAUCGCUUUUGGUGCUCGUCUACAUCAUCAUUGCGGUGACUGCCUGGUUUUAUCCAAAUUCCGAGCUGACUACUUCGAACGGACGCCCUUCGACCGAGACCGGUACAGAGGGGACGGAGGCCUUGCUCCAAGCUGCGAAGAUGCUGAUGUCCUAGGACGGUGCGGUUUAUGCGAAACGGAGUCACAAGUAGUUUGCUGGAAAGAGCUGUGUUAUCGCGCUGUUCAUUGCUGGUAAUUUUAGCGAGGCGUCAUGGUGACUGAGUGAGGGUGUUUCCGGAGCUGUUGCCCUUGCGCCUGGACAAUGAGCCGUGGGACAACAUGAUGCUCUAUAUCGUGGCUGAUAUCUUCUGUAGCAAAAGAGAAGACGACAUUUUUCAGCCUCGUCAACGAUGU